AACGUAAAUUGUAAACCACUAAAGCCCCCCGAGCCAGAGCCCAUAUCUUAAUUCCUCAACCCUCGUACCAUUUCUAAGCGCAUCUGAAACGUGGGUAAGAUAAAGCUAAUUCAACCUUACUGAGUCCAACUCCAACAGCUAAACAAUACAAUGGCUUCAACAACAUGCGGUAUCUUCUUCUCCUUCUCUCUUUCGUUUCCAAAACUUACCUCUCACUCUCUCAAUCACAAACCCAUCAUUUCCCUUCCAUUUCCCAACUCCUUCAACCCAAUUUCCAGCCUGAAACUUGCACAUGCGUCAGUGGUGCCACCCAAGCGAGUUUAUCGGGUUUUGGCUUCUGAUUCUACAAUGGACCCACAUGAAGAUAUGGGGAGUUCGAACGCGGAUUCAACUAUUGACAUAAAACUGCCAAGAAGAAGUUUAUUAGUCCAGUUCACUUGUGGGGAAUGUGGCGAAAGAACAGAGAGGCUCAUAAACCGUCUGGCCUAUGAACGGGGACUUGUUUAUGUACAGUGUGCAGGUUGUCUCCACUAUCACAAAUUAGCUGACAAUCUUGGCCUUGUGGUUGAGUAUGACUUGAGGGAUGAAAUGUAAAGACAGAUCAAGUUCAAACAGCAACAAUGAUGGUUAGCUAAGAAAUGGAGUGAAAUGAGAGGGAAAGGACGCAAAUGGCAAAAUUAGCAAACCUGUACCUA